AACGUUCUUGAGCAACUCUCGUCACAGUCUUCUCUUCACCGAGCAUCGGCGUACUGUACUGUACUCCAACCCGGACUCCGUUACGUAGUUCGUGUGGUCGGGUUUACUCGCCACGAGGUUGACUGUGUAGUGGUCCUGACUGUGCUCUGUCCAUACAUCUGACCAUUCUCCACAUGACUAAUAAAGUUCAAUGCGUUCGUAAAGCUCAUGGAAAUGGCAUCUGUGUGAAUGAGUGCGAGGUAUAAUGUGAGCACGCUCGACUUAACAAUUUCCGAUGGAACACACAUUCGAACACGCGUCUUGAGGUCUGGCAGGGUCUCUUCAGACAUUGAAUGUCGCGAUAGAAAUUAUGCGGUUGUCGUCAACUUUUCGGGGGAUUCAACCGGCGAGAAGAGCUGUGGCCUUGACAGAUCACAGCCCUUGCGAACAUUUUGGACACGGGAUUCGCUUCGCUCUGCGAUCAUUUCACUUGCGAUCUUGAGGCGCUACCUACCUGACUGACGGGAGAAUGUCAUGCCCACUUUCUUUUCGAGGAACUCUCGAGACGGUUCGGAUUUGCGAGCACAACACACGCAAACGGUUUUGUGGAGAUUGAAGUUCAUAAUGGAGGCACUCAAGCAGAUGUUUGCAACUUUUGGGCGUUUCCAUACCCACACCGGGUAACUAUGAUGUCACGUCUAGAAUCCCCAUCGUUUUCUGAGGAAUAUGUGAAAUAAAUUUCAAGACGAAUUGUGAGAAGUUUCUUCUUCAGAAAGCCUUCUUCCUUCUCCUUUAUGGCAGUAUCAUGAGCAUCAUACCUACAAGAUCUAGAGCGAAGGAACAAGGAUGAGUGUUCCAGUUCAUGAUGGGAGUAUGGGUGGAAUUGCUCAGCAGUUGGACACCAUAGUGACACAUUUGUUUCGGCACCUCCCAAAAUGUGGCUUUUGUCGUCGUCGAAGUAAGCUGAUUUCAUGGUGAAGAACAAGGACAAUCAAUCACCCCGAUAUUUCUGGGGGGUCUAAUGAUAUCAUGCUGAGUUCAAACACAUGAGGAGGAGCGUGACUCUCGAAAUAACCAACCACCGCUUUUCAUAUAAAGAUCAGCAUGUGCUCAAGUUCUUCGACUCCCGGCAAUCUUCCUUGAGCCCAAUCUCUUUAAGCUGUGCAAACUUGCUUCAGCGUGAUCAUUAUGGGUUCAGUUAUCUUGCGGUAUAGACAAAAUUUCUUUCAGCCCCUUUACCAUGAGACAGCCGAAUAUGAUUCUUAUCACCUUUGGAUGGAUCUGAUGAUAUUCUGAGGAUCAUGUUCUUCAGCGCUCCGUGCUCUUCAGUCGGAAAAGUUCCAAUUGGCGACGGGCGCUAAGGCAAGAGUUCCUCGGUGUCUCGAGAUAGCAAAAACAACCUUUCCAUUUGGGUACAUGUAUACUUUAAAGGGAGAUAAAUUCAAUCGGUCCCGUAUGGUAGAUUUCUUUUUUUAUUCUUCUAGCCUCGUGCAAGAGAAAUAUGAGAUUUAAAACAUCUAAG